AUGUCUGUGCAGCAAGAUGAGGCAUCUAGCUUGUUACGGAUUGCAAAUGGUUUCGAUACGUGGCAAUGGGCGACCGAAGUGCAAUCACGCUUACCCGCGGCUGAUUUCCAAGAUCGGCUCGACAUUGCUUCUGCUCACCGUGGAGCUGUUUGCAUCUACCUCUGUCGCGUUUGUCUCCAUCUUGGUCUACUAUGCGAGAUGAUUAGCCCACUGGAAGAUCUGGUCACCGAGGUCAUUGCUCAUCUAUCGAACAUUAGCACUGAGAGUUCGCUCUUCGCGGCGACAACAUGGCCUUCUUUCAUCGCAGGCGCGGAGACGAACGACAGCGCGAAGCACGUAUGGAUCCGGGGGAGGUUCGAUCAUAUACAAGCCCUUGAGCCAUGGGGGGUGAUCGGCAACGCCGCCAGCUUGUUGGAAAAGAUUUGGCAGAAGCGGAGCGAGGAUGUUUAUGAGACGGUAGCAGGGUAUCCUGCCAUUGUGUAUACUCAUAAUGACUGGCUUGAUUCCAUGGGUGAAGAUGGCAACGACUGGUUGAUCUUGUGA